CAUGGUUCACAUCCCCACGCCCAAAUAAUAUUUUCCAUUUCAUAGCUCUAUCACUCGAAGCACAUCAUAUUACACGUUUCCUCUAAUUUUACUCCAGGUAGUGUUAUAGAUGAUGCUACUGUAGCUCAAGUAUUCACAGUAGCAUGUCCACACAAAAUCAUCAACGAUUUACGAUUUAAAGUAUCUUAAACGUCGUCGAUGAAGGUUAGACAUCCAGGUAAUAAGAUACGCCGAAGCGUUAGCAGUUACUCAAGCAAGAGAAUUUGUCUUAAUUGUUUGAUCAUUUUGUAUGACGCCAUCAUAAGCUAUGGGCAAUUGACCUUUGGCACGCAUACCGAGUAACCCUAAAGGAGUGUGUAUCCUGUCGCAUCUCAUUCCGCCAUGAAGUGUCAUGGUAAGGGCUUGUUCGCGGCUAUCGCGGCGGCAGUGGGUUAUACCGCGGCGGCUUUGCUGUCCCGGCGGGUCGCAGAGGCAGGAGUCCCCGCCGUACAGCUCGUAGCGGUGAACGAGAUCUCGGCAACUGCUGCGUUCAUCCCGCUUGCCGUCAUUUUCUGCUACAGAGAAGGCACAUUUGCUCAUGACGGCCCCUGGCACAUGUACAGUUGGCAGACUUUGGUCCAGCUGUUGGCAUGUGGGCUGAUACGUGUGGUAUGCACGAGUUGUAUCCUCGUCUCAGCUCUACUCAUCCCACCAGGUAACACCUUCGCCAUUGGUCGUGGAGCUAUAAGCCCAAUCGUGACGUCACUGGUCGCCUGGCGACUCCUGAAGGAACCACCUGGACGUGUCGUCCUGGUGGGCGUGGUCAUCAGGAUCGCUGCCAUUGGUCUAAUCGUUGCCGGUGGAGUUCCUGAAGAGGCGACAAACAACAAAAGCAUGUCAUUGAAUUCUGCGAACUAUACACAGACAAGUGGCAACUCCCUCGACAUUUUACAAGUGAACAACGCGACCUUCUGCGUGAACACAACAUUCCCUGUCUACUGCGCCACCUACCGUGAUUCGGCAAACACGACAGCCAUGCCUCCAGCGAAUCAACAACAAACAAGCUACAUCGUCGGCAACAUCCUAGCCUUCAUAGGGCCGAUUGGGUUUUGCUUUGUCAACGUGAUGUACAGGUCCUUAUUACUGCGACUACCCAGGACAACGUGUUUGGCGUUCGCAGAAGGGAUAGGCUCUGUGUUUCUUGUACCUAUUAUGUACGCCUUGGUGACUCCACAGUGGGAACUGGACUAUGACACAUCGCUAUACCUUGCAGGGCAGGCGUUAACGUGGGUUAUGGCUGCGUACUGCCUGUCUGUAGGUUUCCUUGAGGAGAAAGCCAUCGUGGUAGAGAUGCUACAAGGUGUGACUAUCGCACUAGCCUUCUUGCUACAGUACCUGAUAUUUGCCAUUAAACCGUCAGCCAUGGAGCUUGCUGGAGCGUGUAUGAUGGUGUUUACCAUCGUACUUGUUUCAGUGGCGACGUGGAGAAAAGCGAUGAUAAAAGAAAGAAGAAGAAAGGAAGAACUGAAGUCCGACAGAGUUGAAGCGAAGGAUGAAGAUGAAGACAGUGCUGCGACAAAAAUGUUAAACGGGAAUGUUUGUCAUCACAGCACUGUAGAAAAAGAGACAUAUGUAUAGGUUCAAACUGUUACUGGAUUUGUAUAAGAACGACAUGUCACUAAUUUUCCUUUUUGUUUCCCUGGAUUGUGAUUAGAUUCAUAUGUGAGUAUACAUUUGAGAGGGAAAAAAUUUGGUCCAUCUAGCGACAUUCUUUGAAAGUACAACAGAACAUCAAAUUAUGAGGAUUUUUGAGUGAACGCUGUUGGUUGAGUGUGCACGUUCACAGAAAAUCUAGGGAUCGAAUUUGAACCUUGAACGGCAGCAAUGAUAUUGUUUUUAGUAAAUUGAUUGCCAAGAACAAAAAAAGAAUGUUAUGGUUAAUUGGUUAAUGUCAGUAUCUACAAUAUUACGCACAAAUUAUGUAAAUAAGGGCGAAAUUGUACAACAUAUCAUGAUGUAUCAUAAUAUCAAGUGUCAAUAAGUUGUCGAUGCAAAAAAAAUUGUAUCCUGUCUUACCUUUGGAUCUUCUAUCUGAUGAAAUGUAUUUUUUUUCUAUCAUGUCCUGUUGGUAUAGAUUAUUGUUUCAUGGUUCAAUACAAUAUAUUACUGGAAUACCUAACAGGUUCAAUGCGUCCCUAUAGAGUCCAUAGUAUGGACGUAUUAUUUCACCUUUAUCAGAAUUGAUCGCCUUGAUAUUUGUGAUGAUUUUAAUUAUGUGAACUUUUCUUUUAACGUCACAUAGUGACUUUUGAAAUGGAAAAACAAUUGUUAAACGAUAACCAUUAAGAAAUACCGAUGCUCACUUGUGAUGUAGGUUAAACAUUCCCACAUGCAACCUAUGUAAAGAAGAAUGUCAUUUGAAUGCUUUCGUGAUUCAUUGUCAUAAAUAGAUAUAGAGCGUUUUCAGUACGUUGCAUCAAUAAAGCAAGUAUCUCACUGAAGCUGCGACACGUCAUUCUCCAACAAAAAGACAUCCAAAGGCGCCUGUAAACCGCCUCUUGUCUGUACUCUGCUAUCUCAACCAUCACCAUCAGUUCCUGACCGCCCUGCUCAUAAAUAUUAAUGAGCUU